AUGGAAAAGAAGGUAUGCAUUGCAAUGGUUCCAUGCCCUGGCCAUGGCCAUUUGAUUCCAUUCGUUGAGUUUGCAAAGCGAUUCCUUCUUCAUAAUAACAAUAAUGGUGUGUUCUUCCAUGUCACAAUCCUUGUUCCAACACAGGGCCCUCCUUCUUCUUCCACCAUAGCCAUCCUCAACGCUCUACCUUCAAACAUGGACUUCACCUUUCUCCCUUCCAUCACCAUGGACCACCUUCACAACCCUCCUACUCACCCCAUUCCACGAAUGAAGCUCAUCGUUCAACUCUCUCUUCCCUCUCUCCGCAAAGCACUUACCUCUCUUACUUCUCGCACUACCCUUGUCGCUUUGGUUUCACACUUUUUCUCAAUCGACUCGCUCCUUCUUGCUCAAGAAUUCAACAUCUUCUCUUGCGUUCUCUACUCUGCAGGAGCUACCUCACUCUCUUUCUCUCUUUCUUUUCCAAUGCUUGACAAAGAGAGUGAUAAUAAUAGCAAUGAUGAAUUUCUAGACUUAACUAAACCUGUGAAAGUUUCAGGUUGUUCUGUUUCUUUUCAGGUGAAGGAUCUUCCUGAUCUUAUUCACUUUCCAAGAUCAAGUGAGGUCUACAAAUCCUAUCUCGAUGUAUGCAAAGCCCUGUCUCUUGUUGAUGUUGUCAUUUUGAAUAGCUUCAAUUCUUUAGAAGGAGACACCAUAGGAGCCAUACAAAAAGAGAAGACUGGUCCUUUUGUUUAUCCCAUUGGACCCAUUAUUCAAACCGAGUCAGGCAAUGAAGCGAACAAGUUAGAGUGCGUGAGAUGGUUGGAGAAUCAGCCACCAAAGUCAGUGUUAUAUAUAUGCUUUGGGAGUGGUGGAACAAUCUCUCAUGAACAACUCAAUGAGAUUGCACAUGGCUUAGAGUUAAGUGGCCAUAGAUUCUUGUGGGUUCUAAGACCCCCAAGCAAAAUCUCUGAAUCUGGUUAUCUUAUUGUAACAAAAAAUGAUGACCCAUUAGAGUAUUUGCCUUCAGGAUUCUUGAACAGGACCAAAGGUCAAGGCUUGGUGGUUCCAUCAUGGGCCCCACAAAUUGAGAUCCUUGCUCAUGGCUCCACCGGGGCUUUCUUGAGCCAUUGUGGUUGGAGCUCGGCAAUGGAGAGCAUCAUCCAUGGUGUGCCAAUUAUUGCAUGGCCACUGUUUGCAGAGCAGAGAAUGAAUGCGACAUUGUUCACAGAUUUGCUCAAAGUGGCACUGAGGCCAGAGCAAGGUGAUGCUGAUGAAAAUGGCAUAGUAACAAGAGACCAAGUUGUUAAGGUUAUAAAGAGGAUCAUGGAAAGCGAUGAAGGGUUGGAAGUGCGUAAGAGAACAAGAGAGUUGAGUGAUGCGGCUUCUCUUGCAAUCAAACACAAUGGCUCCUCCUACAUGGCACUCUCUAGCCUUGCACAAAAAUGGCGCCUCAAGAGCAUUGCUUAAUUUGUGUGCUUCUGGUGUAUGUCAUAUGCUAGAUACUUUUCCACCA